GCAUGACAGCUCCACUCGUUUGAAAGCGCUUCGAAGGUGAGGAGCACUGUAUGUACUGAGUGGCUUAUCUGCUACCGCUAUCUGCAUGAGGUCAUUAGUGCCUCGAUAAGCGAUACGAGCCGACACGUGAUCAGGAAGCUCGUCUUCGGCCACGCAGCGACAGCUAUGCCGAUUCCAUUUCCGUCUGUCUAUCCUUCGGUUUCUUUUAUUUACUGAACCUGGUACGCCUAUUCGACAGAACCUGACCAAGCAGUCGAAAUCCUCUCUGGCUCUCGCUCUUCGUGCAAACCACUCUGUUUGGUGCAGCCUUCCUGGGGGUAUUCCGCCCUUGUUCGCUGUCUCAUCGCCAAUGUUAUAGAGGUCGUGGCGAUGGCGUCCCGAUGGCUCCUGUUAGUGGGCUACCUGACGCUGGCUCUGAUGCUGCGGCCCAGCAUCGCAAAAUCAGCCGGAGAACCCAAAGUCACCACGACGAAAUUUGACUUUGCUCCGGUGUCCCUUUUCUACUUCGAGGACACGGAUAACGUCCUCAUGAGCCUGGAGAACGGUGCUCUCUUCCAGUCAUUCGAUGGAGGUGAACAAUGGGAGUCGGCUAUUGGAGAGGGCGAAGGCAUGAAACAGCGGGUGGUUUGGGUUCAACAACAUCCUUUCGACAAGAACAGAGCUUAUGCCCUGGGCAACGAUGGGCGUCAUUUCAAGACGAAGGACCAAGGCAAAACCUGGAAUGCUUUCACAAUUGACGAAUUCCCAGCGUUACAGCAACACGCACCUCUUGUCUUCCAUGGUUGGGAUUCGAGCAAAAUUAUCUUCCAAAGCGAGGAAUGCGCCGGGUUUUUCUGCAUCGUGAGAUCAUACUAUACGACGAACGAUUUCGAAACGACUAAGCUGUUGCGCGAAAGCGCUGCCGGAUGCUCUUGGGCCGUUGGCCAUCCGGAUUUCGCGGAUAAUCUCCCAUCCUUCGAUCACAUUGUCGACAGAACGCUAUGCGUUGUCCCAGGCUUGAAGGUGCCCUUUGGUCAUGCCAACCGUCUGGUGUACUCCGACGAUUAUUUCAGCAGUAAUACUGAUGGCAUAGAAGUGAAACUACACGCAGACCGGCCAAUCUCUGGAGUCAUCAGUACCGCUGCUGUCAAGAAGUUUGUCGUUGCUGCUGUUAAGUCCAAGGGAACCGACGAGCUUGCUUUGUACGUGACCACUGAUACAAUUACUUGGAGUCGGGCAGAGUUUGGCGGUCACAGGAUAGAACAAGAUGCCUACACCAUGCUGGAAAGCACUAACUACAGCCUGCAGGUGGAUGUUCUGACCAGCCCUUUCAGUGGCAUGGGCGUGCUGUUCACCUCAAAUUCGAACGGUACAUUCUUUACUCGCAACAUCGAGCACACCAAUCGCAAUGAAGCCGGUAUUGUGGAUUUUGAAAAAGUCGCUGGAAUUCAGGGCAUCGUAUUGGUCAAUACGGUCAAGAAUCCUGAAAAGGUUGAGUCAGGCUCCGAAAAGAAGAUUAUCAGCCAAAUAAGCUUUGAUGAUGGAAGAACCUUCCAACCGCUCAAAGUGGGCGACAAACAUCUGCAUCUACACUCGGUGACUACUUUUGCGAAUAUUGGCCGGGUAUUCUCGAGUCCGGCGCCGGGAGUAGUCAUGGGUGUCGGCAACACAGGCGACAGCCUCAAGAAAUACAAUGAUGGAGACCUGUUUGUUUCAGACGAUGCAGGAGUAACUUGGCGGCAUGCUCUUGACGGGCCUCACAAAUACGAAUUCGGUGACCAGGGUGCUGUGAUAAUGGCGGUCAGUGAUACUGGAAAGGCGAAAAAGGUCAGAUUCUCUCUCGAUCAUGGCAAGGAGUGGGAAUCAGUCGAUCUAGAACACACGAUUUACCCCACCAUGGUCACAACGACUCCCGACUCUACCAGCCUAAAGUUUGUUCUCGUUGGGCAGGAGAAUGGUGAUGGCGACUACAUUGUGUAUUCAAUUGAUUUCAAGGGCCUCCACGAACGAAAAUGUGGUCAGGAUGACUUUGAAAAGUGGCCGGCCAGAUUGAAUGAGAAAGGUGAACCUGAUUGUUUGAUGGGCCACAAACAAUAUUAUCGGCGCAGGAAGGCCAAUGCAAAUUGUUUUGUGGACGAGGAGUUCAAAGACCCUCAGCCGAUCCUAGAACCAUGCAAAUGUACGACCGAAGACUACGAGUGCGAACAACGCAGCGAAGAUGGGCAAAGCUGUAAGCCUGCUGAAACCCCCAAACCUCCAGAGGGCAAAUGCACAAACCCCACCGAUAAGUAUUUGGGUCCAUCAGGUUGGAGGCUCAUUCCGGGAAACUCCUGCAUCCGAGAAGGCGGCAAGAACAUGGAUGAUCAGAUUGAGUGGUCAUGUGAGGACGUGGGAAGUUCUCCUGAUAGCAAUGGCAAGAUCAGCCAUACGAAACAGUUCUUUGACGCGAAGCAAUUCAGCGCAUACUAUUACUUGGAACGCCAGUCCAGCAACUCAGGGACUGACGAAACUGUCAUCAUGUUGACAAGUGCACACAACCUCUAUCUCUCGCAUGACCACGGUAAGACGUGGCAGCAGUCAUUGCAAGGGAAGAAAAUCACCAAAAUUGCACCUCAUCCGUAUAGCAGUGACACAGCCUUUCUCCUGACUGACGGCAAGGAGGCAUUCUGGACAGUUGAUCGCGCUCACACAUUCAAACACUUCGAGGCACCGAUUCCGCCUACCCAUGACCGUGUCCCAACAAUCUCGUUUCACCCACAAUAUAGAGACUGGCUUAUAUGGACCGGUGCUGUGGAUUGCGAGUCUGGCGAUUGCCAUUCCAAUGCCCAUAUCAGCCAGAAUCGUGGCGAAAAUUGGAAACUUCUUCUCCGCUAUGUUCAGAAAUGCGAAUUCGAGAGUCGAGAGACGCGUCCCGACAGCAAUAAGUUGAUUUUCUGCGAGCAGUUCGAAAGUGAAAAUCGAAACAACCGAUUGCAACUCUUAUCCAGCGAAAAUGAGUUUGCCGAUCGACGUGUCCAUUUCGAGGAUGUUAUAAAUUAUGCUACAAUGUCCGAGUUCGUCGUGGUAGCGUCUCGAAACCCGGAAAAGCCGGAAUCUCUGACUGCGAGCAGCAGUGUGGAUGGCCGGACCUUUGCAGAAGCACACUUUCCUCCAAACCUUCAUGUUCCUAUCCAGACAGCCUAUACUGUUCUCGAAAGCUCUACUCAUGCUGUUUUCUUGCAUGUGACUGUGAGCAAUGUCGAAGGAGGCGAGUACGGCUCCAUCAUAAAAAGUAAUAGUAAUGGGACCUCUUACGUGCUCAGCCUAGGCGCAGUGAGUCGGGACCAUCGUGGCUAUGUUGAUUUCGAGAAAGUUCAGGGACUCGAAGGUGUUGCUAUUGCGAAUGUUGUCAGCAAUGUGGACAGGCUUUCUUCCGGUGAAUCAAAGAAGCUGAGAACCAUGAUCACUCACAAUGACGGAGGCCGGUGGAUGUUACUACCCCCACCCAAAAAUGCGGAUGGCCAAAAGUUUGGUUGUGCCGUGGAAGCAGGCAAAGGGAUUCCGGCUUGCUCGCUCCACCUUCAUGGCUACACAGAGCGCAGGGAUGAAAGAGACACAUAUUCGUCUGGCUCGGCAAUUGGCCUUAUGGUCGGCAUAGGUAAUGUGGGCGAUCAUUUGGCUAGCGAUGGCGAGCCAGAUACAUUCAUCACACGCGAUGCUGGCUUCACUUGGAAGUUUGUGAAGCAAGGCCGGUAUCUGUGGGAAUUCGGUGACUCCGGUUCUGUUGUCGUGAUUGUGCGCGAGUCAAUACCGACCAAAGUACUUUAUUACAGUACGGACGAAGGUGAUACUUGGGAAGAAUACCAGUUUUCGGAUGUUCCAAUGCAGAUCGAAGACAUUUCGACUGUCCCGUCUGAUACUUCCAAAAAUUUCCUUCUUUGGGGUAAAGAUGCGGAGUCGGAGAAUCGAGAUAAACUCGCGACUGUCAAUAUUGACUUUAGUAAACUCCGGGCCGCCUCAUGCAACUUGAACGAAGAUAGUGGAGCCAGCGACGAUUACUACAUUUGGGAGCCAAGCCACCCUUUUGAAGACAAUAACUGCCUGUUUGGUCAUGUUGAACAGUAUCAUCGCAAGAAAUCCGCUGCUCAAUGUUGGAACGAUUGGCGUGAGCCCCACAUUCACAGCAUAGGGAGGAACUGCAGCUGUACCAAAUCCGACUUUGAAUGUGAUUAUAACUACGAACCUUUGAGUGAUGGUAGCUGCGGGCUCGUCAAGGGAUUGUCCCCACCGGAUGCGAUGGCUGUUUGUAAGGUGGAUCCCGAUCGUGUCGAAUACUGGGAGCCCACAGGAUACCGGCGCCUGCCCCAAACGACUUGUCAAGGGGGGUUGGAGUUAGACCAUCUGGCUUCGAAGCCCUGCCCAAAUAAAAAGGAGGAAUAUCAACGUAGACACGGCAUCGGUGGGGUUGGGCUGUUCUUUGCCAUUGUGACACCCAUCGCUGUGGCCGGUGCUGUUGGAUACUAUACCUAUACCAGAUGGGACGGCAAAUUUGGUCAAAUUCGCCUUGGAGAGAAUGUUAGCACCUCUUCUGGUUUGCUAUCGCGAGACUCGCUGCUCAUAACCAUUCCCGUCACCAUAAUCGCAGGCGCGGUGGCUGUUGCUAAAUCCUUGCCGCUUUUGGCGACUAGUUUAUGGCGAAGUGCAAGCGGUGUUUUGCGUCUCAGGCGCAGUGGAGGCUAUACACGACCCUACUCGUCUCGAGGUGCUUUUGCAGCCCGACGAGGCGAUUACACUAGCGUUGUCGAUGAUGAGGAUGAGCUUCUUGGGGUGGAAGAUGCCGACAUUGACGAGGAAGAUGAGCUCUAGUGGCAGAGCUCAUCUGCGCUCUCUUCGACAGGCUUCAUGGCUUUUCUAUGGUUGCAUGUUAUAGUAUGAAUAUGUAGGAAGGGCCCCUGUUCGCCUUCCUUUUGUACUUGUCACUCAUGCUAGGUUGACUUG